UUCAAAAGAAUGAUCCCUCUUCAAAAACCGAAGAAACAAACAACAACCAACUCCUCCGGCGAAACUCACCGGACUUCUUCACCGAAACUCACCGGACUUCUUCACCGGCCCUCUCUCUCCUCCACUUUCAUCUCCUCUACAAACACUAGCCACGCCAAUCUCUCUCCUCUCGGUCUAAUUCCACACACACCGACCGUACUUCACAUGGCUGAAACGCCGCCGUUUCAUCCGGUUUCCAUUUCUCACCGUUCGAUCUCAGAUCUCCUGUUAACCGACUCAAAUUGACAGUAAUCUGAACCUAAAACUAGAAAAUUAUGGCUGCCGGAAGAGUGUUGUUGGAGAAACUGUGGAGGAUUGUACGGACGGUGUAUGUUGUGGCGGUGAUGGUAACGUCAUUGUUAGUGUUAUCCCUACCGGUUUUGCUUGCAAUUGGUGAUGUAUUGGUUCCUAGUGUUUUGAUUUCGAGGCUUAUGUGUGUUAGAUGCUACAGUUUUGAAGAGCAUAUGGCUAGAUACUCGUUUAGAAGUUCGUUGAUGGAUGUUCCUGUGGUUUCAGUUAUCAGAUCUCUCAUAAUCACCUGUGUUUAUAUGAUCUGUGAUGGUUCUCUGCUCUCACACGGUCAAUAUCUUGGAACAGUGGCAUUGUGCUCUGCCUUAUCAGUUCUUAUUUUAUCAGCUAAAGUGUGUGUUUUCACUGUCAAUUCACAACUAGAAACUGAACCUUCAUCUUCUCCUUCAAGACAAAGGCUUCAUUUUAAGAAAUCAUGGGGAAUGCCUGUACUGUUUCUAUCAUCUGUAGUUUUUGCUCUCGGGCAUAUGAUUAUUGCUUAUCGAGCUAGCUGCAGAGCACGAAGAAAACUCAUGCUUCACCGAAUUGAUCCUGAAUCAGUUCUUUCGAGCAAGAAUUUGUUUACAUCUGUGUAUGCUAAAGUGCCACGAUCACCAACUCCUGCUGUCAGGGCACCAAAAAGUGAGAGUGAAAUCAGACGAAAACCCGUGGGUCAAGUUCAAGUUCGUACUGAUGGUGAACUUCCGGUUCGAUUCCUCGCUGACGUGGACAGUCUAUUCAUGGGUUGCCAGGGUGUCACACUUCACUAUAAAAUUAGUAUGCCUAGUCCACCUUCACGUACACUAUCCUCUACCCUGCUCGAAAGGCCAUUAUUAAAUGUUAUUUCAAAAACCCAAUAUCAACGUCACAGGAGCUUUAGCAAUGUUAUUUUGAAAACCCAAUAUCACACAUCUCCUCUGCAUUCUCCUUUAUUAGACGGUAUUAAUUCCGGUGAUGUGCUUUCUCAAGAAAUUCCUGUUUUCAGUUUAGACGAAGGGAACGAUGAGAAUGUUACUAUGAAAUCUGUUUCUCACUCGCUUGAAAGAGUUUCUGAAGUAAAUGGACAGUUCGGGAUUGUUUUGGUGCAUGGGUUUGGAGGGGGAGUAUUCUCAUGGAGGCAUGUUAUGGGUGAGUUGUCUCGGAACGUUAAGUGUAUUGUGGCGGCUUUUGACCGCCCUGGUUGGGGUUUGACUUCAAGAACAAAGCGAGAUGAAUGGGAGUCGAAUAAUUUGCCCAACCCUUACAUGCUUGAUGCUCAGGUUGACAUGCUUCUUUCGUUCUGUAAGGAGAUGGGGUUUUCUUCUGUUGUGCUUGUCGGUCAUGAUGAUGGAGGCCUUCUUGCUUUGAAGGCUGCACAGAGAGCCAAAGAAUCUCCGAGUCUUGAUGUUGAAAUUAAAGGUGUAGUGUUGCUGACAACAAAUUUGUCAAGAGAAGUUGUUCCCGGAUUUGCUAGAAUACUCAUGCGUACCUCUUUAGGAAAGAAGCAUAUGGUUCGUCCUUUACUUCGCACAGAAAUUUCUCAGGUUGUUAACAGGCGUGCAUGGUAUGAUGCUACAAAGCUAACAAUGGAUGUGCUAAGCCUCUACAAGGCACCACUAUGUGUAGAAGGUUGGGAUGAAUCAUUGCAUGAGAUUGGUCGGUUGUCGUCUGAAACAAUUCUGACCCAACAAAACGAAUCUUUACUGGUAAAAGCGGUGCACGACACACCACUUUUGGUUAUAGCUGGAGCUGAAGAUGCUCUUGUUCCUCUAAAAUCUGUUCAAGCCAUGGCAUCCAAGUUUGUAAAUUCUAGGCUAGUUGCGAUAUCUGGUUGUGGCCAUUUGCCUCACGAGGAGUGCCCGAAGGCGUUGCUUGCAGCUGUAUUACCAUUUAUUAGCAAACUGUUACUUUCAGUAAAUUCUGAAAACAAGUAGGGAGCCAGACUCUGGUUCUAAGUUUAUUAGCAAACUGUUAGUUCAGUAGAUUCUUUGAUGUGUAUUCUUCGAUGAGCUAGUUUGGAGCCAGACUCUGGUUCUAAGUUUCGGGUGGGCUAAAGAGCUCCCUCGUUCGCGUGUAAUUUGUUCAGUUGUCAUCGGGUUGUUCAAAUUGUUUAUAAGCCUGUUCUAAACAGCUGCUGCUGUUCAAUCAAAUUAUUUGUUAUAUAAGAUACACCAAUUUGUUAUU